AUGAAACGCUUUAAAACUUAUCCAAAAAUCGUUCAACCAAGUGUUGAUCAGAGUGUGAUAAUGCAGAUCCGCAAUAAAACUCUCGAGUUGAAAAGGACUGGACAUUGGAUCAAAGUCAUAACAAUGAAUUCAAAUAAGGUCAUUCCCAAACCGAAAUCACAGUCCAAAGGACGGAAAAUAUUAUGCGGAGCAAAUUAUAUAGAAUCGCCGGUUGUGUCCGAUGG